CGCCUAGCUUGUCGCUGUGACCGGAGUUUCCCUUCCGCUGACAGGCUGCUGUCACACAGCUACCAUGUUAUCCCAUUCCCGGUGUCUCACCAGGAAUUUUGGCCGUUCCCUCUCUGCCAUCCGCCAGGGGAAUAAUGUGUUAGCUCGUCGGGCUGCUGGAGCUCUAUCAGCAAGCCCUCCUAUCACUUUCAACAACAAUGUAAAAUACGAUCCCCGAUCCAGUGUCUUCCAAAUCCAGUACUUCAGGACAUCUGUAGCCUACAGAGAUGAAGUUGUCACAGUCAAGACUCCGGCAUUUGCGGAAUCUGUCACAGAGGGGGAUGUGAGGUGGGAGAAAGCUGUCGGCGACACCGUCUCUGAGGAUGAGGUGGUGUGCGAAAUUGAGACUGAUAAGACAUCAGUGCAGGUUCCUGCUCCUGCUGCUGGAGUGAUUGAGGAGCUUCUGGUCCCGGAUGGAGGCAAGGUGGAAGGAGGAACUCCGCUUUUCAAGCUUAGAAAAGGAGCUGGUGCUCCCAAAGCCGCAGAAGCUCCAAAAGCCGAGGCCCCGGCCACUGCAGCCACUCCGCCACCUUCUGCUGCCCCGCCUCCACCUCCUCCCCCCUCAGCCGUGGGCCCCAUUCCCACCGCCAUGCCCUCUGUGCCACCUGUGCCAGCACAUGCUAUGGACACCAAACCAGUUUCCGCUAUCAAGCCCACCGCUGCUCCGACUGCCCCAGCGGCCCCCGCGGAGGGGGGGGCUAAAGCCGCCCGGACAGAGAGCAGGGUUAAGAUGAACCGCAUGAGACUGAGAAUUGCCCAGAGACUGAAAGAAGCCCAGAACACCUGUGCUAUGCUGACUACGUUUAAUGAGGUCGACAUGAGCAACAUCACAGAGAUGAGGAAAUCUUACAAAGAUGCCUUCCUGAAAAAGCACAACAUCAAGUUGGGCUUCAUGUCUGCGUUUGUGAAGGCUGCUGCUUACGCUCUGUCUGACCAACCUGCUGUCAAUGCCGUAAUCGAUGACACAACCAAAGAGAUUGUGUACAGGGACUAUGUUGACAUCAGUGUGGCUGUGGCCACGCCAAAGGGUUUGGUGGUUCCUGUAAUCCGAAAUGUGGAGGGAAUGAAUUUUACUGAUAUUGAGAAGGCCAUCAACUUGUUGGGAGAAAAGGCCCGUAAGAAUGAGCUGGCCGUGGAGGACAUGGACGGAGGGACCUUCACCAUCAGCAACGGUGGCGUGUUUGGGUCCAUGUUUGGCACACCUAUAAUCAACCCACCACAGUCUGCGAUUUUAGGCAUGCAUGGCAUCUUUGACAGGCCUGUUGCAGUCGGUGGCAAGGUGGAGAUCCGUCCCAUGAUGUACGUCGCCCUGACGUACGAUCAUCGCCUAAUCGAUGGAAGAGAGGCCGUCACUUUCCUGCGCAAGAUCAAGUCGGUGGUAGAGGACCCCAGGGUGCUGCUCCUUGACAUGUGAACCCCUGUGAAGUCCAGGCCCAACCAAACAAACCACCCCACACAAGCAGUGGCUGUACUCACCUGAUGAACAUUACCGUAACUGCAGUAAAUGUAUUGUUGUAUUGGUUAACUAGUUAAAAAAAAAACAAAGGAUUCUCGGAGAACAGUUGGGUUGUGCAAUGGACGUUUGUAAGGUUGGAGGUGAUAAACGUUUAGGUGAGAUGUCUGGGUCUCGGGGUUCUGGUGCUGGUCUCUAGAUCAAAAAAAUGGAUAUAACUCAUGUGCGCCAUAUGUCAUUUUCUACAUACAAGUAAAAGAUUUUCCACUUAUGUUAGGUGAAUGGCAAAUAGAGAUAAAACCGCAUACUUUAAUUAAAUUAUUUUGGUUGAGAAAAGAACAAUGAGCACGUAUUGGGCUAGAAACGAUGGAGCACUACGCUCCACAAUCUCCAAAGUAAAGGAAUCCUCAGAGAAUUUAUGCCAUCCGUUUCACUAAAUAUGGGGGAAAUUCUCUUUUUGCUGUGUAAGAAAGACUAUUUAAGAAAAAAAAAAAGAGAAAGUUUUAAACAAUAAAAGCUGCGUUACUCAACUGGA